GAGACAACAGAUGGACAAUGGGGAAAAUGAGGAAUUCCCGGCUUUGGAGUUCUCCCAGUUUGGGCUGGGACGAGGUUGGGAUUUUGGGAAUGAGGAUGGGAAGCGCUGAUGUCGCGGCCGCAGCUUUGUGUUGUUCUUGGAAAGUUUGGCACCACUUGUGAAUUCCCUGAACCUUGGCCUUGCCGGCCCCUUUGUGUCGGGCCCUCCUCCUCCUCCUCCUUUUCAGCUUGUCCAAAUUCAGACCCACGUGGCUCUUCCGGCGCGGCGGGCGGGCGCCUCCCCACGCCGGCGUCGGCCGGGCAUUGCUGAAAGACGGCAAUGUUUAACCCCAGAGGAACCUUGCCCCCGAGACCCAGAGGACCCAACCCGGCGGGCGCCAAAACCCCACCGGCGGCUUUCGGGGCCGCGGGCGCCGCGGGGCCGCCCAGGAAAGCGGCGCCCGCCACGCCCCAAGGAGCUCCCCAAAGAUUCUCGGGGCAGGAGGCGCUGCAGUGGACGGGCUCGCAGAGGAUCAACGUCCGCGUCACCCUGCACAGGGCGGAUCCCAGGAAGGUGAAGGAGAAGAGCGGCCUCCACCCGGAGCAGAAGGGAGAUCCGCGCGCCAACCGCUGGGACGGCGGCCCCUGCCCCGCCGGGCCCAAAGCGCCCGGCCCGGUGCCGGUUCUGGAGCAGAAUUCCAACCCGCAGAACCGCUACACGCCCGAGAGCGCCUCCAGCAUUUUAGCGAGUUUCGGGCUGUCCAACGAAGAUCUGGAAGAGCUGAGCCGCUAUCCCGACGAUCAGCUGACCCCCGAGAACAUGCCCAGGAUCCUGCGGGAGAUCCGGAUCCGGAAGAUGGGCCACGCCGUGCCCGUCCUGCACGCCGCGAGCCGCGGGGAGGAGCCGGUGGGCGAGAGCGGCGGCGCCGUCAAGGGCAAAGUGAUCGACUACGGCCACGCCAGCAAAUACGGCUACACCGAGGACCCGCUGGAGAUCCGCACCUACAACCCCGAGGCGCCGCCCGAGGAAGCGCUGGACGCGCCCGUCUACAACGCCGACGGCUCGAGCGCGGAGAACCGCGAGGAAUUCCAGCGGGAGCAGAGCGUGCCGGUGGCCGUCCCGCCGCCCAACGUGCCGUGCGGCCCCGCCUUCCCGGCCGAAGAGCUCGUCAAGCUGCCGGCGUUUCCCGGCGAUUCCUCGCCCGCUCCGCCGUUUUUCCCGGCCGAGCCGCCGGCCAAGGUGCCGGUGCUGUGCGGCGCCGCUCCCGCCGCGUUGCCGGCGCCCAAACCGGCGUCGCAGCCGCCGAUGCCGCCGGUGCUGCCGCCCAUGCUGCCGGCGCUGCUGCCCACGCCGCUGCCGCAGCCCAUGCUGCCGCCGGGGAUGCCGCCGCUGGUCCAGCCGCCCGUGUCCCAGCACGUGCUGCCGCCCUUGACGCCUCCGCCCUUCUCGGCCGGGCUCUUGGCCGCCAUCAGCCAACACGAGCAGAAACAACGCGACACCGGCGCCCCGCACGGCGCCGCCCACGCCCACACCGCCGCGUCCUCGGCGGGACACAAACCCUUCCACAAAUCCUUCCAGCUGCCCGCAGAGGAGCCCAUCAAAUCCCCGUUCGGGGUGGUGAAGGCGUCCUGGCUGCCCGUGUUCCCGAAUUCCCAGAAGAACAAACGCCUGCCCACCCCGUCCAUGAUGAACGACUACUAUGCCACGUCGCCACGAAUAUUCCCACAUUUGUGUUCUCUGUGUAACCUUGAAUGCACUCAUAUGAAGGAUUGGAUCCUGCACCAGAACAACCCCGCCCACCUCGAGAGCUGCCGCAGGCUGCGCCAACAAUAUCCCGAGUGGAAUCCUGAGGCUCACUCCUCCAGCAGGAAUGCUGACCGGAAGGAGAACCGCACUCCCAAGCACCGCUCCAGUUCCUGCAGCCCCGAGCGGCGCCGUUCCCGCGCCGGCAGCUCCGGCGCUUCCCGCUUUUCCGGCGGAUCCUGCUCCGCCCCGCGCCGUUACCGCUCCCGAUCCCGAAGUCCCGGAAGAUUCCGGAGGCCGCGGAGCCGGAGCCCUCGGCACAUCCGAAGGAUCAGCCCCCGGCACCGAUCCCGAUCCCCUCAGCGUUCCCGGAAUCCGCUGAGAUCCAGCCCCAGACCGCGGAGAUCUCCCAGCUCCGAGCGCUCUUCCCGCCGUUCCAGCCGCUCCGAAGAUAGGAAAGCAGCUCUGGAAGCCGUGAUGAAAACUUUGGGACCGGGAUUUUUGGCCGAGUUCAAGAAACACAAAUCCCUGCAAGCGGCGGUUCAGGAAUCGCUGGCAUCGGGAAAAUCCCACGGAAUUCCCAGCAGGAUAAGCGGGAAUGGGAAGAAACAACCUCGGAGCGCUCCCAAAACUUCCAGGAAAGACGGAUCUGCCGGGCCGGGAACGAGCUCCGGGCUGGAAUCCGAAGGAUCCAUCCCAAAAAAAGAGAGGGAAGAGGAGGAGGAUUCGUCCGGAGGGAAAAAUCAUCCGGCUUCCUACAACAGGCUGCUGCGGGAGGAGCUGCUGAGCUGUGGGACCGUGCUGCAGAUCUCGGAUCUUCCCGACGAUGGAUUUUCCGACCAGGACAUCAAGAAACUCGUUCAGCCCUUCGGGAAGGUCAGCGACCUCAUCGUGCUGCGCUCCCGCAAUGAGGCCUACCUGGAGAUGAAUUUCAAGGAAGCCGUCAUGGCCGCCGUCAAGUUCGGGGAGACGGCGCCGCUGCUGCUGCACGGGAAACGCGUCCGGCUGAGCGUGGCCGAGAGAGCCAGAGGGGGACAGGUGAAGAAGGUGGUGAAGAAGCGAAUCCUGAAUCCCAAAAAAGCGGCGACGAGCACCAAGAAAAUUCCGAGCAGCACCAAGAGCCCCAAGGCCCUGCCAGGGAAAAAGGAGAAAGUGAAGAAAACUCCGGGAGAGAAGAAAGGGAAGAAAGGAACGAGCGCAGGAAAAGGCGCGGCCGAAGAUUCCCGGGAUUGCGCUGAGGCCGGAGCGGAAAUUCGGGAAUCGGAGCUUUCCCAAGGAAAACAAUCCCCGGAGCGCGAAGGGAACGGAGAGGACGGGAAAGGGACGGAGCCGGGGCCAGAGGGAGCUCCUGGCUCAGAGGCUGCGGCGAGCGAGGAAUCGGCGGAUCCCGGCGGGAAGGAUUCCGAGGAUUCCUGCGUCCUCCUCAUCUCCAACCUGCCCGACAAGGGAUAUUCCCAGGAGGAAAUCUCCAACCUGGCCAAACCCUUCGGAGGCCUCCGCGAUCUCCUCAUCCUCUCUUCCCAUAAAAAGGCGUACCUGGAGAUCUCCCGGAGAGCCGCGGAUUCCAUGGUGAAGUUUUACGGAUGUUUCCCGAUUUUCCUGGACGGGAAUCAGCUGCAGAUCCGGCCCGAGCCUCGGCACAGCUCCCUCCGAGACGAGGAAGCGAUUUUCACCGCCCUCAUCAAGGAUUCCAAUCCCAAGCUGGAUUGCUCCUCUCUGCGAGCUCAGCUGGUGCUCCUGGGGAAUCUCCCAUCCGAUGGAUUCCGGGAGCUGGAGGUUGUUUGUGCGGGGCUGCGUUUUGGGAAGGUGGAGCACUACGCCGUGCUCAGCAACCGGCACCGGGCCAUCCUGCAGCUGGACAGCCCCAAAUCGGCGCGGGCCAUGCACAGCUUCCUGCAGCAGUAUCCCUACACCAUGGGCGAGCACACACUCACCUGCUCCUUGUCCUGCCACGGUGAUUCUCCUGAGGCUGAAAGCGGGAAAAGGGAAGCGAAGACGGAGGAUGGGAGCAGAGGAAGCUCGGGCUUGAAAAAAAUUCCAGAGGUGCAAAAACCAGCCGGGAAUCCAUCGGGAGAGGCCAGGAAAGGGCAAAUUCCCACCCCAAAUGUUCCGGAGGAGAUUCCAGCGGGACAGCUGGAGAUUCCCGAGCCUCAGGCGGGAGGAGCAGCGAGGGAGGACGCGGAAGGAUCGGAUCCUGGAACGGGAAUUCCCGCGGAUCCUGCCGGUGGGAAAUCGCCCGGAGCGAGGUCGGAGGAGAAGCCGGCGCCGCUUUCCAGGGAUGGGAAGGAAGAGGUUCGGGAUGAGCCGGAGCUGGAAGUGGGGAAGGAGGAUGAGGAGCUCUCUGCUCCCGCCGUGGAAGUUCUGGAAUCAUCCGGAGAAACGCCGGGAGCCGUCCCUGGAACAUCCCCGAGCUCGGACGAGGCUCCCGCGGCAUCGCCCGGAGCGGAGCCGGCUGCUCCGGAAAAAAUUCCCGUUCCUGAGGGCGGGAAAAGCGACCGUGAAACGUCCACGGAGAGGAAAUGUGUCCCAAAAACUCUGGAUGUUCCAGGGAAAAAAUGGGAUGUGGCUGGAGCAGAGAGAGAGGGGACGGCGGAGGAAUCCCUGUUGAAAAUCGGGGAAAAUCCGGGGAAAACUUGGAGCAAGGCUGGGACAGAGGUGGAGAAAACACCUGGAAAAACGUUAUCCAAGGGUGGGGAAAACUCUGGGAAUGCUGUGGGUGAGAUCCCCGUGGGAAGUUUGGUUAAAAUCCCACAAAAUAAAGGGAUGGGAGCAGCGAAAUCCGAGGAAAGCCGCGCGGCGGCUCCGGGAAAUCCCGGUGCUUCCCUGAAGGAAUCUUGUCCUGGGAAACCCCUUUUGAAGGCGGUGGUGUCCAUCCCGGAUAUCCUGAAGCAGAGAAUUCCCGUCAGGAUCACCGAGCCUUCCCUGGGAAAACCUGGGGAGCAGAAAAUCCCUCCCAGGGCGGGACCGGAGAAGAAAAUCCCACCCAAAGCCGCGGCUCAACCGGGAGCUGGGAACGGCCAAUGGAAAGGGAACGGGAAUUCCGGAGUGGAUCCGCAGGGAGAGAGCGGGAAGAGCUCAUCCCAACAGGAAAAGGAUUCCCAGCUGGAAUCUCGGGCGAGUUCCAAGCAGAGCCAGCAGGGAGAGAGCGGAACGGGCGGCACGAGGGAAGAUCCCGGCGGGAAUCAGGCUCCUGGCAGGGGCGGUGCUGCAGCCUGGAAAAGCGGCACCGGCGGCGCUGGAAGACAGAAGGAGGAGGAAGAGCUCUUCCCGUUUAACCUGGACGAGUUCGUCACGGUGGACGAGGUGCUGGACGAAGCCGAGUCUCCGGCGACGCCGCGGCGAAACCCCCCGAGGGGGAAGAGAAAAGAAGCUCCCAAAUCCAACCCUUCGGAGCCGCCGGCGUCCAAGAAGAGGAAAGGGAAGAGUUGCGGAGCCGAAGGUGAGCUGUCCUUUGUCACCUUGGAUGAGAUCGGGGAGGAGGAGGAGGAGGAGGACGCGCCGGUGCCGCUGCCGGGCGUCGACCCCCAGGGCCUGGUGGUGGUGGAUGAGGUGGUGGAAGAGGAGGAGCUGUCGGAAGCGGUGAAGGAUCCGCAGGCGCUGCUGACGCUGGACGAGAUCUCGGAGCAGGAGGAGCCGGGUUCCCACGGGAACGGGCCCAGGGUGGAAUUUGAGGAGCGGGAGCUGAAGGCCGAGCCCUUGGUGACCGUGGAUGAGAUCGGGGAGGUGGAGGAGCUGCCCCUCAACGAGCCCGCGGAGCUGAGCGCCGCCGAGGAGGGCAAAGCCAAUGCCGGGGAUUGCGGCGCCUCCCAGGUGCCCGACGAUCCCAACGCCUUGGUGACCGUGGAUGAGAUCCAGGAGGACAACGAGGACAAUCCUCUGAUGACUCUGGAUGAGGUUAACGAGGAUGAGGAUGAUUUCCUGGCCGACUUCAAUCACCUCAAAGAGGAACUAAACUUUGUUACAGUCGAUGAAGUCGGCGACGAGGAAGAAGAAAACUCUUUCCCAGGGAAGAACCCGCCUGAAGAUGAAGAUGAUGAAGAUAUUGUUGCUGUUGCAGGACCAGAGGAAAUGGGAAUUCUGGGAGAUACAAAUCCAGAGGAGGAAAUGGCUGAAAUCUCUAAGCCAAAAGCAGCUCAGCUGGGAUCAGAAGAGGCAGAACCAAAAUCUCAGCAGAAGAAAACGACUUUUCCAGGUGUCCCCAAGACUCAGAGCACUCCCAAAGCUCUGGAUAUCCUGGUCCCAAAGGCCGGAUUCUUCUGCCAGAUCUGCUCCCUCUUCUACGCCGACGAACCCUCCAUGAUCAACCACUGCAGGACCUCCCUGCACCGGCAAAACAUGGAGAAAUUCAUGGCCAAACAGCAGGAUAACGACGGGGAGGAGCCGAGCUCCAGGUGAUGGAACUUGCCCAGGAACGAAACUUCGGGGCCAGUCAGUUCUGUGUGUUUGGAUUUCAUUUGGGGUCGGGAAGGAACAUCCAUGGUGGAAAAAAAAAAAUUGGAGUCGGGAAAAGACUAAACCCAAAGCAGGAGAGGGUUGGAUUUGUGUCUCCAAUCAUCCCAACGUGGGAAGAGACUGCUGUGGGCCAGGAAAUAAAUGUUCUCUCUGUAUAGUUACCCCA